UGAGUAUGAGUGGUAAUGGCGGCAAAGCGGGUACGUGGCAUUGAGAGUCACUGCAACAUUCAGUAACACAGACGAUGGUUAUUGACAAAAUAGUGGCUACAUCGUCUUCUAACUUGGAUCUACCACUCAUGCGUUCAUUAUGGGAUUAUAUGGAUAACCAACUUCUAUCUGCAAAAGUCUCCUUAAUGAAGCUAUGAAGAGGAACAGCCCAACACACGUCCCUCCGGACAGAGGAGGAGAAAGCCAUGAUGCUCCCUCACCUCAGACAGCUCGCAAUCCUGGAACAGAAUCAACAGCUGUCCCUGUUACUGGCGCUACAGGUCAAAGCAAGGUUGAAAAUCUUGAGGCAACAGGACUGAGGAAUUCCAGAUGUCAAGUACAAGCUGGCGUCAUUCAUGGAGGUGUCCACAUCUACUACAGUUCUUCUGGAGCAGAACUUAAAGAUCUUGACAGAGACUGUGUGGCUGAACUGAAGCUUCGUAACGUUGUUAACGUCAUGCAGCACCAAAUAACAGACUUGAAGCGACAAGUGGUAAAGCUCCACAAAAGAAAAAGAACCAGAAACCAGGAUGAAGCUUUUGAUGCGACAUAACGCCCCUUCCCUGUCUGAAACCAGCGGACACUAUUCAGGCGAAGGCGAUACGGAGUCAGUUUCAGAAGGUGGACACAGGUCGGACACAGAAGGGAAGAUGCUUCACCUAACGUCCAAGCGGGAGAUACAAGAGGGCAACAUGAAGCUGAUCUACUAUGACAGGAACCACAUGCUGAAUGAAGCUUGUCGGGAGGGAAAGUUAGAGAUAGUAAAGAACAUUUUGUCAACUGGUUCUGCAGAUAUAAAUAACAAAUCCCAGGAUGGCUGGACACCUGUCCUACUUGCAGCCAAUACAGGUCGAAAAGACAUAUUUGAUGAGUUGGUGAAGAAGGGGUGCAAUCUCUCAGCAGUGUUAGACAACGGCAACAAUAUCCUUCAUGUGGCAUGUUUAACUGGUAAUACUGAUAUCACAGAAUAUCUUACAGCAGUAGUCAGUAUUGACAGUAAAGGCAUGUAUGGCAGAACAGCUGUGAUGAAGGCGGCGGCUGUGGGCAAUAAAAACGUGUUCCAACUCCUGGUGGGUAAAGGAUGUAACCUGUCAGCAGUGGAUGAUACAGGUAACACCAUCCUCCACCUUGCCUGUUUUGGUGGCAAUGUGCACGUUGUCGAGUAUCUCAUCACUCACAAGAUAGCUGACAUAGAGAGCCGAGGCCAGGCAGGGAGAACACCGGUGAUGUUUGCAGCAGGGACGGGUGAUCAGAAGGUGUUCGAUCUCCUGGUGGGUAAAGGAUGUAACCUGUCAGCAGUGGAUGAUGGAGGUAACAACAUCCUUCACCUUGCCUGUGUUAGUGGCAAUGUGCACAUUGUCGAGUAUCUCAUCACUCACAAGAUAGCUGACAUAGAGAGACGAGGCCCGUUUGGGAGAACACUGGUGAUGAUUGAAGCAGAGAAGGGCAAACAGCAGGUGUUCGAUCUCCUGGCGGGUAAAGGAUGUGACCUGUCAGCAGUGGAUGAUGAAGGUAACAACAUCCUUCACCUUGCUGCAUUCGCAGGGACAGUAGGAAUUGUAAACCGACUUCUCUCAGAGUCAGCUGUAGAAGUAUCUGCCACAAACAACAGAGGUGAAACGCCAGUGCAGAUUGCACUGAAGUACAACCAAGGCGCUAUAGUGAAGAUUCUUAGAGCUAGAUCUGACACGCUGCUUUGAGUUUGGAGAACUAUUCAGGGCCAUAUCAAGGGGCAUAUGUCGGAGUGUCUCUGGAAGUGUACAUCUUUCAGAGCCGUCUGUGAUAAAUGUUUGUACAAAGAUAAAUGUCUUUUUUUCAAUCACUGUAUUUACAGUUUAUGUACGUGAUAAAAUAAAUGUUUCAAAUCAUU